ACCUAUUUUAGGCCACAAUCCUCUCUCAAAUUCUAUUUCUCAUCAAAUUCCUUCUCUUUUUUCUCAUUGGCUCGUCCCUUCUUCUCCUCUUCUUUUUUUCUCCUCCACAAAACCCUACUUUUUUUCAUAUGGGUUUUUCUCUUUGAUUCUUUUUCCCAUUCAUCUCUCAAUUUCAUUUACUGGGUUCGCUCCAAGUUUCAAUUUUUUCACAUGGGUUCUCAUGUUUGAGAUAGUUCCCUAAAAAAAAUAAUCAAAUGGAACCAAGCAAAGUUGAAGGGGGUUUAGUAAACGGUGAAAAGAAUUUGAUUUCGAAAUUGAAAGAUGUGGGUAGUAAUAGCGAUAGAGAGCUGUAUGUUAGAGCUGAUAAGAUUGAUUUUAAGAGCUGGGAUAUUCAGCUUGAGAAGCACUUGAGUCGGGUUUGGUCUAGGGAUAGGGUAGAGGAGACGAGAAGGGAAGAGUGGGAGAUUGAUUUGAGUAAAUUGGAUAUGAGGCAUGUUUUAGCUCAGGGGACUUAUGGUAUUGUGUACAGAGGCAAUUAUGAUGGCCAGGAUGUUGCUGUGAAGGUAUUGAAUUGGGGGGAGGAUGGCAUUGCCACUGCUGCUGAAAUUGCUGCUAUUCGGGCAUCAUUUCGGCAAGAAGUUGCUGUUUGGCAUAAGCUUGACCAUCCAAAUGUUACGAAGUUUGUUGGAGCCUCGAUGGGAACUUCCAAUCUUAAAAUUCCUCCCCAAAACCCUACAAAUGGAAAUUAUGAAUCUCAUCCUUCAAAGGCGUGCUGUGUUGUUCUUGAGUACCUUCCAGGUGGGACGCUAAAGAAAUUUUUAAUCAGAAAUAGUAGAAAGAAACUUGCCUUUAAGAUUGUCAUUCAACUUGCUUUGGAUCUUGCCAGGGGUUUGAGCUACCUUCAUUCUAAAAAGAUUGUGCAUCGGGAUGUUAAGUCAGAAAAUAUGCUGUUAGAUUCUCAUAGAACUUUGAAAAUAGCUGAUUUUGGCGUUGCUCGAGUUGAAGCUCAGAACCCUAGGGAUAUGACAGGGGAAACUGGUACUCUUGGAUACAUGGCCCCAGAGGUCCUCAAUGGUAACCCUUACAAUAGGAAAUGCGACGUAUACAGCUUCGGUAUAUGCUUGUGGGAAAUUUAUUGCUGUGACAUGCCUUAUCCUGAUCUCAGUUUUGCUGAAGUUUCAUCUCAAGUUGUUCGACAGAACCUACGGCCUGAAAUGCCCAGAUGUUGUCCGAAUUCAGUGGCAAGCAUAAUGAGAAAAUGCUGGGAUGGUAAUCCGGACAAACGCCCCGAGAUGGAUGAGGUUGUGAGAUUGCUCGAAGCAAUAGAUACAAGCAAAGGAGGAGGUAUGAUCCCUGAAGGCCAAUCUACCGGCUGUCUCUGUUUCACUCCAGCUCGUGGUCCGUGACGACUGUCAAAUUUACUGUACAUGUGCAGUUCAUUGCUAGAAUGCAGCUGAUCUUUGAAUAUUCAGCUCCUAAGUUUCUAUAGAGAUUAGUAAUUUUUUUUUAUUUUUUUUUGGAAGCUUGAGGAAUUCUGACUUUAGUUAAGUUCCUACAUUUUUAUUAUUAUGAAAGCUUGACUGGAGACUUGAUUCUUGGAAAAUUUGUUGGUGCACACAAUUCUGACUCUA